CCUAACUGAAACUACUGUAAGCAGCAGCAACACAGAUAAACACCAAAGAGCUGAGACUGCGGCCUGACCCUGAGGCUGCCUGUUGAUGGGUGUGAGAAAGAGAAAGGAGGACAUUGUCAGCAACGAGGACACUAGAAACACUCUCAACAUUCAGCUGUGCAGUACAAAGUCUCCUGCAGGUUUAUUCCAGAGGAUUUUUACCUCGUGUCCAAUCACUCCCUCGUCAGUCACCAUUCUGCUAUGCCGCGGUCGUUCCUGAUCAAGAGUAAAAAAACAAAUUUACUCACAUCUAAGGAAUCCUUUAGAGAACACCCCCAGUUCCAAACAGAUGCUGAGCAGUCUCUGCAGCAUGUGAUGGGACAGGCCAGAAGGCAUUCUGAAGAUGCUGUGCAGUCUUUGUCCCCCAUAUUAGGGGUCAAAGACCUUCUGGCUGAAGCCUGCUCGCCAUUUAACAUUGGCCCCAAAGAUGAUCCUUGGACUUCAGCAAAAGUCCCUGUGGAGAACAGAGAUACUCCUCUGCCUGUCUCGCCUUGGUCACCAGACAGACAUCAGACAUCUGAAAGAGAAAGGGAACUGGAGAGACUGGUCUUCCUGUUACUCAACCACACAUCACACACUGACCUUAAAUCCCCUGUCAGCCAAUGUCCACUCUGUGAAAAGUCUCUUUCAGAAUUCCUACUAUCAGGUGGCCUGCAGGCUCAUGUCCAACCCCUCUAUGUCCCAUUGACAAGAUCGCCCAUAGCCACAGACAUGCCCCACAUGCCCUUCGGCUUCAGAGCAAUUGGCAGCUAUAGUAGAACUAAGGAGCGUAGCUUUGGCUGCAAAGUGUGUGGGAAGGUGUUCAAGCGCUCCUCCACUCUGUCCACACACCUCCUCAUCCACUCAGACAUACGACCCUACCCCUGCCAGUACUGCGGUAAAAGGUUCCACCAGAAGUCAGACAUGAAGAAACACACUUUCAUACACACAGGUGAGAAACCACACGUGUGCAAGGUGUGCGGUAAAGGAUUCAGUCAAAGCUCCAACCUCAUCACCCACAGCCGAAAGCACAGCAGCUACCAGCCAUUCAGCUGUCCUCGCUGUCAACGCACCUUCCAGCGCAGGGUUGACCUACAGCACCACCAAGAGACGCAGUGUAGCUAAGGAAAUAUGUACACUCAAAACUGAGGCCACGGCGCAAUGAAGUGAUAGCGAAACUGGGUAAAAUGGAAUUUGUAAAUAAUACUCAAUCAGUCAUAAUUGUAAAAGUCUAAAAAAAAUGAAUAUUAAGUAAUGACAUGCAUGCCU